GCUCCGGGGCCGCCCGGGCAGGAGUCACCGGCCAAGAUCUUCCAGCGGAUGAAGGCGCGGGCGGAGCAGCGACGCAGGGUCGGCACCGAUGUGAUCCUGAGCCCCGCGGCCGGGCAGCACUGGCCCGGCAUAGCCUGGACGGGGGGCAGCGCCCAGCCGAGACCAGAGCCAGUUUGGCCCCAGGCUCCCAGGAUGGAGCCCCUGGCAGUGCUCCCUGCAGAGCCUCCCAUGCUGGAAACCCCCCAGAAGUUCUUCCUGAGGGUGAAGUGCCAGCUGCAGCAGCAGCACAAAGCUACACCACCUUUAACCCAAACCCAGCAGAAUAUUCCUCUUUCCACAACUGCAGAGAAUCCUUUUGUCCAGCCUGCUUGUGCUGAGCAGCCAGGGAACGAGCCUGCAGAGGAUGUGGACUCUGGGAAUGAUGAUGUGGAUGUUUUCCUUGUGGAAGCUGUAGAAACUGAUGCUGAUGAAGAAAUAUCUCAAAGUGUACUGGCUACUCCUGUGCAAGUAAACUCCACCCCUUGGGGAAGCGGGGAUUGGGUAAAAGGAAGGCGGGGAAAUGGAGAAGAAAAACGUGCAGAGCUUCAUGAAGACAGGAGAGAGCUGCAGCCCAGUAAAAAAACAGCUGCUCCAGCAGUGGAAAAGGCACCAGAGACCGAUCCUGACAAGCCGUCCCAGCAGUUCUGCAGCAUCAUGCUCUCCUCUCCAGUCCACAUUCCAAGGAAGCAGAAGCAGGCAGAAGACCCCAAGGUCCCUUUGGAUAAAUCUGCUACUGAUCAACCAGCUGGCAAAGCACACAAAGAGAAAAGCAUCUGCCUGAGCAGCUGGAGGAUCAAAGUGCUGACUGGAGACAAGGAAAUCUGUGUGGAAGGGAAAAGGAAGGACAUGAGGCAGCUGCUGUGGCACAGCAGCGCCAUCACGGAGCGCGUCAGCCACAACCAGGUGAGGACCUCCUCGGGCACUGUCUACCUGCUGCAGGGCAAGAUAGACUCAGCUGUCAUGAGGAAGGAAGGGUUCCCCUACCGCUUCAUCAAGAAAUUCACCUACGGCUUCUCCCGAAGGUGGAAGGAGUACGUGAAGGAGCUUCUGGAGGGAAGGAGGAGGAAAGAAAGAAUUCAAGAUAGUGGUGUGGAAGAAAAUGAGGAGAAUGGCUCUGUGGGGGGAACUGAUGUGCUGGAAACUGCAGGAGGCUCAGCAAGGGCGUCAAGGAAAGCCACGCUGAGGAACUCCACCUAUGAGGUAUCACCAGGGAAUGAUGAGAACAUCUUCAUAACACCAGAUCACAGCUCCAGGAAUGACUCGAGCAAGGUCUACACUCGCAGCGGGCGCCUUGUCAAACCCCCCCUGAACUUCUGGUGUGGGCAGAGGGAGUUUGUGGAUCAGAACCUGAAUGUCACCAUAGAAAAUGGAGGGGUGGAUUAUCUGAGCCUGAUGCUUAGUAGUGAAAAAUUAAAAAGAAAGACCAGUUUCAUCUCCAAGAAGAAUAAACCAAAGGAAGACAGGAAGACAACAGAGGAAAUGCCAAAAAGCCAAAGUAAAGGGAAAAGCAGCGAGAGAGGAGCCACUUCCAGAGGGGACUCCAGGUCUGCCCGCAGCAGGGACGGCAGGCGCUUCCCUUCGGACGAGGAGGAGGAUGAGCCUGGCAUCAGGGUCACGAGAACCAAAUCCCAGCUUCCUGCCAGGGGGAAUUCCUUAAACAGCACGGAGCAGAGCAAGCCCAGCAGGACAGCCCCAGAGGCGCAGGGAGCAGCAGGCUCUGCAGGGCUGAGCAUGUACGAGCAGGGCUACAGGAACUCCCUCAGGUCAGCCAGGCAGCGCCUCCCGGGAAAGGAGAGCAUUGUCCUCAGCCAGGAGCCCUCAGAGGAUGAGGGGGAGCAGUCCAGCGAGGACACCCCACUGCUGAUCAAGAGGAAGAAGAAAACUAUAAUAAAACCAGAAUCUCGAAGCUGGAAACCUUCCUCUGGCUCCAGAAGUUCCCAGGAUAAUGCAGACAAGUCCUGUGGCCAAAGGACAGGAAAGCCCUCCCAGAAAGUGCUGGUGAGGCUGAGUGGGCCCGAGUCCAGCGAGGAGGCUGAGCUCUCUUCUGAGGGGAAAACAUCCUCUGAGUCCAGUGCUUCCCUCCUGCCUGCUCGGACCAGGAGGGCACAGGGCAGGAUCAGCCCUCCCCGGGGCUUGCUCGAUUCCAACACUGAGCCCAAAAGCGGGAAGGAGGAACUGCACGGAAGGGACGGGAAUGCCAGAGCAUCCCAGAUGGAAACAAGCAAUGGAGUCUCCACCAGGGCCAGGACUUCAGCAGGCAAUCUGAGAGAGCACGAGAGGCCAAAGGGGCAGAAACCUCUGGAACUUUUUCCAAGAGAAGCUGAUGGUUGGUCUGAGAAGGAAUUGCAGAAGCUUCACAGGGCCAUUGCGGCAUUCCCGAAGCACAGGAGCGGCUUCUGGCGGAACGUGGCCGUGGCCGUGGGGUCCCGCUCGGCCCAGGAGUGCCAGGGGAAAUACCUGGAGGAGCAGCAGGGGAAGGGCUCCAAACAGCAGCACAAGAAAAACACGUCGGGAAAAUCGAAGCAGAAAGAUCCUGCAGAUAAGAAGGAGGCAGUGAUCACUGCCAAGGUGGGCACCCUCAAAAGGAAGCAGCAGAUGAGGGAGUUCCUGGAGCAGCUGCCCAAGGACAACCACGACGACGUCUUCACCACAACGCCCUUCCAGAGCAGGAGGGUCCAGCUGCCAGUGCUGCGAGGGAGCCACGACGAGGACACCGAGGCUUUCACCCUUUCCGAGUUCCCGCUCACCCCCGCCUCAGGCCUCUUCUCCCCUGUGAAAACCCCGCAGUGUGAGCACAUCAGCCCGGGAAUGCUGGCCCCCAUCAACAGGAAAGACUGCGACCGGCACAUGUUCCACAUGCAGAAGAACUCUCGGGGCAGCAGAGGCACCUGGGACAAGGUCAAGAAGAAGUCGGCCGGAGCUGUGCUGGAGACGCCGGCUUCCUGCAGAACCAAGAGAGUGACGGCGGCCGCGGUGGUGGGGAAACUCUUCACAGCUGAGACUCGAGACUCAUCCAGUGAGGAGCAGGAGGAUUCCUACUUUUCCAUGUGAUGGAUUUGGUGGAUGUGUUGUUCAGCACUUGUUCAGAGCACGGGGGUUCUGCUGUCCCUGGCCCUCUUGGAGGGAAUGCUGGAAUGAUGAGUUCAGUUUGGAAAAGCUGCCCUGCCGUGGUUUUAUGUGUUUUAACCCCAUUCCCACCCUGCCAGCAGUGCUUGGCUUUUCCCUGUGUACAAAGUGGCACUUCCUUCUCCAGGCUCCUCCUCUCCAUGUCCCGUUUCUCCUGGGGAGGAGAAAUGUACAUAGAGACCGAUGACUGCCAAGCUGUGUUUCAUUUUAAGCUAAAAUAUCUUCUGGGAUAUGGCUGUGGAAUAAAUUCAGGUGCAGUCUGGAAGGAACUGAAAUUGCUUUUUAAUUUACUCUAGAGAGGGCUUGAAUUUUUACAUUUCCGUAAUGUAAUAAACAAA